UCUACAAGAAAUUUAAGACUAUAGGUACAAUUUGUAUUUUUAAACCCGUUCGUGUGAUCUGAGGCAAAGUACAUAUUUCUAAUCAUAAUGAUGACAAAUUUUAUUUUAUUUGAAAUUCUCUGUGCACCGAAAAUGUUCAUAUUUUUUCUUGUUGCUAGGCAUACAUUUACACCAUUCCUAUAUUGUUGCGUUUAAUUUUACCACCUAGUCGAUUAACAAUAUUCAAUACAACCGUUUGUUUUCCAAUUUUCAAAUAAGAUUUUAUUUAAUACAUUGAUGUUGUGAUAACCGCUAGUGGCUAUUUUUUUUUUUACAUUUAAUUUUCAAUUAAUUUAUGUUACUCAAUUAGACAAUCAGAAUAGCAAAAUGGAUUUGCAGUGAUACAAAUGAACCAUACAUUGUUAACAAUAAAUUGUGGCAACAUAUCAUUAAGGUCUGAACGUUAAACAUAUUUAUUAUUUCUGCAAUUCACUAGUCUUACUUAGUCAAUAUGGUAGAUGAAAUUUCAUGUUCCGAAAUCAUGAUGAAGAUAGAAAAAUUAAACGUAGAAAUACAAAAAGUCGACAAAAUUGUUAGGAAAAAAACCGAAGAAAUUAAGGAAAAGAAAAUCAAAAUUAAUAGACUGGAUAUACAAUUACGAAAACAAAAAUUGUCGAAUGAAAUGUUAGUAAAUGAAAAGAAUAAUAUUGAUAAAUCCCAAGAAAAAUACAAAGAUGAAUUAAACGAUAAACUAGACCAAAAAAAAGAAAUGUUAUCAAAGAUUACCAUACAAUUUGAAAAAAUAAAACGAUUAUUGGCUAAAAGAGAUGACAGAAACGAGUUCACUAUUGAUCAGCAGACGAAGUUCACUAACGCAAUUAGUGACUCCACCCACAAAAACACUGGACUACUGUCAAAGGUAUUAAUAAAUACGAUCUCUGGGCUCAUUUUUAUAAUUAUUAAAUAUCACGUCGAGUAA